GCCGUGUUCUCCGUCCUCCUCUUCUGCUGUUGACCACCAUCAUCUGCAUCCAUACAUAAUCUCCAUUCAAGACUUGAAAGAUAUCAUCCAUCCAUCACUAUCACCUCAUCAGCACCAUGGCCAUCGCACCCAUCUCAUCAAUCAUCCGCCACAAUGUCACCCCUACCAUAUUCAAAUCUCACUCGGUCGCCCGUCAAUUCUCUUCGUCAUCGCAGAACUUCACUAAGGUUGCCAUUUUGGGUGCAGCCGGAGGAAUCGGACAGCCCCUGAGUUUGUUGAUGAAACAGAGCUCUCUGGUAUCCGAGCUAGCUUUAUACGACGUCCAAGGAUCCCCUGGUGUCGCAGCAGAUGUGUCUCAUGUUAACACAGCUUCCACGUGCAAAGGUUACUUGCCUGAUGGUGAAGGACUUGAAAAGGCUUUAGAUGGUGCCCAGAUCGUUUUGGUACCCGCCGGUGUUCCUCGAAAGCCUGGAAUGACCCGUGAUGAUUUGUUCAACAAGAAUGCAUCGAUUGCUGCCGACUUGGCAACUGCAGCGGCAAAGGUCUGCCCCAAAGCUCACAUGUUGAUCAUCGCCAAUCCCGUCAACUCCACCGUCCCGAUCGUUGGUGAAGUGUUCAAAAAACACAACGUAUUCGAUCCCAAACGAUUAUUUGGUGUUACCACACUUGAUGUUGUUAGAGCCUCCGCGUUCUUGUCGAGCCUCGCGAAAUCGCACCCCAAGGACACCAACGUCCAAGUGAUCGGUGGUCACUCAGGUGUAACCAUUGUACCCUUGCUUUCUCAAGUCGCUCAGGGAAAGUCGAUCACCGGAGAAGCCUAUAAGGCACUUGUCAAGCGCAUCCAAUUUGGUGGGGAUGAAGUGGUAGAGGCCAAGAGUGGCGCCGGUUCGGCCACCUUAUCGAUGGCUUACGCCGCGGCCAUCUUCACCGAGUCGCUAUUGAAGGCUCUUGGAGGAGCCAGGGGAAUCAUCGAGCCUACCUUUGUCAAGAGUCACCUGUAUGAGAAAGAAGGUGUCGAGUACUUUGCUUCUAAUGUAGAACUUGGACCCGAGGGUGUCGGAAAGAUCUUGCCAAUUGGAUCGGUCUCCAACGAAGAACAAGAGUUGAUCAAUGCCUGUUUACCCGAAUUAAAAAAGAACAUCGAGAAGGGUGUCAAAUUCGUCCAAGGUCGACAAUAAUCGAAAAACGUUUCGGUUUUCUUUCCCCGUUAUUGGUGAAAUGAAAAUUACCCAUGUACCCCUUGUGUCCACACAACCCAUACCUAUAAUCAACAUCCUAGAUUAAAUCCCUUGAUUGUUCAAAUUGCAUCUUGAAGAAAAAUCAAAUUCUUUUUUUGAGCAUGUUCAAGCUGAUGAAACCUUCAGGGAGUGAAGCCUUGCCCCCCUGAACAGCCAAAAAAA